AUGGAGCGAUUAUCGAUCAAUGACCCUCCUGCGGGCGGCCAGCAUGGCAACCAGCCCCAGGGAUUUCAACAACAGAACAACAACAUGCUUGGGCCGAUGACCCAAGGCCCGCCGCAAUUACCACCGCAGAUGUUCACCACCGCCGCGCAGCUGCUCGACCUCACAGAUAAAAAAUUAGUCCUGGUAUUGCGCGACGGAAGAAAGUUGAUUGGAGUUUUGAGAACAUGGGACCAGUUCGCGAACCUCGUCCUUCAAGAUACGAUAGAGCGAUUGUACGCGGGGAACCUGUAUACGGAAAUCCAGCGGGGCGUGUUCCUUGUUCGGGGCGAGAAUGUGCUGCUUCUUGGUGAAAUUGACCUCGACACGGAAGAUGAUAUCCCACCGAACCUCACGAAAGCGCCAUUCAAGGAAGUUUUCGAGCUAAAGAAGAAGGAAGACAACGAGCGGAAAAACAGAGACAAGAAGGCGAACAACAAGCUACAAGGCCUUGGUUUCGAGGCGGAACAUAGUGGCGAGAUUCUCUUCUAG